UGGGGAAGCGGCGGUGUCUUCGAGGAAACCGGAAGCCCGUGGUGACCUCUGGCGACCCGGUUUGUUUUCCGUCCGUUUCCAAACACUGGGGAAUCGAAACUCGGCGGCCCUGGGGGCGGCCUACGUAGCCUGUCUUCGGGUGUUUUUCAGGAACAUAACUCUCAGAUGGGGAAGUAAUGCUGUGCCUAACAGCAAAAGUAGAUGUACAAAGCAACUGUCAUGGAUGCACUGGUAGAAGAUGAUAUCUGCAUUCUGAAUCAUGAAAAAGCACAUAGGAGAGACACAGUGACUCCAAUCUCAAUAUAUUCAGGAGAUGAAUCUGUUGCUUCACAUUUUGCCCUUGUCACUGCAUAUGAAGACAUCAAAAAACGACUUAAGGAUUCAGAGAAAGAGAACUCUUUCUUAAAGAAAAGAAUAAGAUUUUUGGAAGAAAAGCUUAUAGGAGCUCGAUUAGAUGAAGAAACAAGUUCUGUGGGACGUGAACAAGUAAAUAAAGCCUACCAUGCAUAUCGAGAGGUUUGCAUUGAUAGAGAUAAUUUGAAAAGCAAAUUGGAUAAAAUGAAUAAAGACAACUCUGAAUCUUUGAAAGUAUUGAAUGAACAGCUACAAUCUAAAGAAGUAGAACUCCUCCAGCUAAGGACAGAGGUGGAAACUCAGCAGGUGAUGAGGAAUUUAAAUCCACCUUCAUCAAACUGGGAGGUGGAAAAGUUGAGCUGUGACCUGAAGAUCCAUGGUUUGGAACAAGAGCUGGAACUGAUGAGGAAAGAAUGUAGUGACCUCAAAAUACAGCUACAAAAAGCCAAACAAACGGAUCCAUCUCAGGAAGACAAUCUGAAGAGCAGUGAUCUCCAAAGACUGAGCAUUUCAAGUGAUAAUAUGCAAAAUGCAUACUGGGAACUGAAGAGAGAAAUGUCUAAUUUACAUUUGGUGACUCAAGUACAAGCUGAACUACUAAGAAAACUGAAAACCCCAACUACAAUCAAGAAAGCCUGUGCCCCAGUAGGAUGCAUGGAAGACCUUGGGAGAGACAGCACAAAACUGCACUUGGCGAAUUUUACUGCAACAUACAAAAGACAUUCCCCCCUCUCACCAAAUGGCAAAACUGUUUGCCAUACCACAUCUUCCCCUUUACCCGGAGAUAUAAAGGUUUUAUCAGAGAAAGCAAUUCUCCAAUCAUGGACAGAUAAUGAGCGAUCCAUUCUUCAUGAUGGUACUAACUUUCAGGAACACAACUCUUAUGGCAGAAAUUCUCUGGAAGAUAAUUCUUGGGUAUUCCCAAGCCCUCCUAAAUCAAGUGAGACAGCAUUUGGGGAAACUAAAAAUAAAACUUUGCCUUUACCCAACCUGCCACCACUGCAUUACUUGGAUCAACAUAAUCAAAACUGUCUUUAUAAGAAUUAAUUCUGAAGAGAUUCAUGAUCUGGUCAUGAGGUUACUGUAUCUCCCUCAGUGACACUCUCAAAAAUUAUUUAAACUGAAAGCAGAUUUUGAUUAAACUUUUGCAGAGUUCUUCGGUAUAUACAUUUGCACAUACUGUUCCACAUUAUGUAGCUGAUUUUCCAGUAUGAAAGAGCACCCUCCAGCUCCAUGUUCCAGCUAAGAAUCAGACAUAUGCUACUUAUUAAUAAACUUAAGGUGUUUCAAAGAGACAGUUCUACCUUUGAUAGUAAUUGUAAAUAACAGCCUCUCACAUAAAGAAUGGAAUUAAAAUUUCUUAGACAUGGUUUUAUAAAGCAUGUGAAAUGCCUAAAUAUCCAUUCAUAAAAAUAAGAGGCCAUUAAUAUCUGAGAAAAAUUGUAAGUUGCUUUGAGUUGCAAACAAGAGCAAAUGGCAAAAUGAAUAGGUUAUGUUUCUAUUGACUUUAUAUUGCAUAAAGAUGAAGAGUGUUAUAGUUGAAUAGUAGUUAUCUCUUACAGGUUAUUCCAUCUCCAUAUGCUUAUUGUGUUUCAAAGUUUAAGACUUAAAAAAUUUUUUUUAAUCACAGUGUUAAUACUUGAAAUAACCUAAUCAUUGAAGCCAACUUUGUCCUGUACAUCCCUCAACUCCUAACUGAAAAAAGUAAUGAAAUAGUUGAAAAACUAUGUGGUGUGUAAACUAUUAUAAUUCUGUAGUAGUCAAUGAGAAGUAUAAAGAGCACCACAAAGGUUUCAGUCUAAAUCUGUGCCUUCAGUGGUCCAUAAUGAAAAUCUAAGUAUGUAACUGGAUCAGGUAAUUUUCUUCAAAGAGUCUAUACCUGCUUGUUAAUGUAGAGCAACUUAUAAAUUGUUAGUUUUUUUGAAAUGUAACAUUUUACUCAUUGAGCUAGUGAUUUUUUCAUUAACCAAAUUAGGAAUUAUAAUUCUGUAAACCAAAUUCUGUGCUGUAUUGAUAUAGUACAAUCAUGAAAUGUCCCGACUUUUUGAUUCUAAGUGGCCUAUCAUUUAUAAACAAGGAUAUAACAAGGAUGGCUUCACAUGGAAAUCUAUCUAAAUUCUUGCAGGGUGGUAGUAUUAACAUAUUAGUAAUAUAAUGUAUUAGUUGGCUUACACAUCUUUUGCCUGAGAUAAAGUGUUUCAUGUAGGAGGCCUUUAUCCUUUUUGAUAGACAGUUUCAAAUACCUUGAACUCAAAAGAA